AUGGUGGGAAUGGACAAGAAGGACAAAGACGGGCGGAGAGGAGCCAACCUCUUGCGGCUCUUCUUCCGACCUGACAAGGACAGAAACGAGGCUCCGCAUCCCUCAAACGGCAUCUUGGUCGGAGACCUCGGAGACCUUCGCGGUCGUUCGACUCAGAUCGAGUCGUUCUUCAGUAAGCAUCGGGCGAACAAAUCUCCCAACGGAGCCUCCGAUGAAUACUUGUCGUCCUUGUACAGGUUCACAGACGAUGGCAGACGACUUUCCUCAAUCUCCAGGUAUGCAGACGACUACUGGAGCACCAACUUGCUCACCAUCUUUCGCUCUCGCGUCUUCAAGAGGAUCUUUCCUCGCCUGGUGGUGAACUUUCUUGUGUGCUCGGGAAUUGCUGUCCUCUACGCCUUGUCGCCUCUUACGUUCCCAGCCGCUCACGGCCACGCUCACACCAUCACGGGAUCAUUCCUGGGGCUGCUGAUUGCGUUCAGGACCAACACAGGGUACGAGAGGUACUGGGAAGCUCGAAAAGCCUGGGGAGCAGUGCACAAGCGUUGCCGAUCCAUGGCGGUUCUGCUAGCAACGUCAGUGACAGAGGUCGAUCAUAUCGUCUUGAGGGUUUUCCAGAUUCUCACGGCCUAUCCCUACGCGCUUAAGCAGCACCUGCGAGGACAGCACAGCAUGGUGGAGCUCUCAAAGAUGCUACCUAAGGAGGACAUCAAGCAGCUUGAGAAGGCUCAAAACAUGCCCCUGCACCUCUGCAUGCUGCUGUCCUCUGCUAUCUCCCCUCUGCUUAACUCACCCAAGGUGACGAUGAACCUCGUGUGGGAGAGAGCAGAGCAACACAUCCAGGAGCUGAACAAGGUGAUCACAAUCACGGAGAGGCUGGCGACAACUCCCGUCCCUCUCUCCUACUCUCGUCACACCUCGAGGUUUCUCUCCAUCUGGACUCUCACGGCUCCCAUCUACCUCGUGCCUCAGUGCGGCCCCCUGCUGGCGGUGAUCUCGCAUCCUCUCAUUUGUUGGGCUCUCUUCGGCUCUGAGGAAGUAGGACAUAUCAUCGAGGAACCGUUCGGGACUCCCGGCGACAGCAGGUUUCUCAAAGAGGGACCAGGAGGCAUUCGGUUCACAGAAAACCUUCCCCUCCUUCGCUACUGCGAGCAGAUCAAGCGCGACAUCGAAGCCGUCGAGAGACUAUGGCAGUCACUGCCAUCUACAGCUCCUCAAUGCCUCAUACCCAUCGGAUCAUGUGACGUCGACGAUCCCGACUGUCAAGCAGGAGUGGUGGAAGUGCAAAAUUGA